AUGGCUAACGUCGACACUGUUCUUGCUGGAAAAUAUCCAGCUAGAGCCCACGCUAAAGCGGUUGUGAAGUGGAUGAGACAGAAGAACCCCAAUGUCACCGGCGUUUUAUAUCUCGAGGGCCAGAAGACUCGAAUGAUCGAGGAUAACGACAGCGAGGCACCUUUCAGACAACGACGAUACUUCUAUUAUUUGACAGGUUGUCAGCUUCCUGAUUCAUACUUCACUUACGACAUCGAGACUGAAAAGUCGACACUUUUCAUUCCUCCCAUUGAGCCCGAGACUGUCAUUUGGUCUGGACUUCCGGUUUCGGAAGAGGAGGCGUUGUCCAGCUACGACGUUGACAAUGUCCGCACAACAGAUGAGGUGGCCGCUGCGCUUGCUCAUGGUGGAUCUAUUGUCUGGGCAAUCCAAGACCAAGUUAGCGACCACAUUACCUUCCUUGAAUUUGACGAUAAAGACUAUACUCUUCUCAAAGUAGCUAUCGAGGAGUGUCGAGUCAUCAAAGAUGAGUACGAGAUCGCCUUGACGAAGAAGGCAAACAGCAUCAGCACCAUUGCCCACACAGCAGUCUUAAAAGCUGUGAAGACUGCCACGAAUGAAAGGGAGCUGGAAGCGCUCUUCAUUCAAAAAUGUAUCGCAAAUGGAGCAAGGGAGCAGGCGUAUCACUCUAUCGUUGCCAGUGGAACUGCAGGAGCUACAUUGCACUAUGUGAACAACGCCCAGCCGUUGGCAGGGAAAUUGAACCUCCUGCUAGAUGCCGGUGGAGAGUAUCAAUGCUAUGCUUCUGAUAUUACGAGAGCCUUCCCAAUCAACGGAAAAUUCAGCACCGAGAGUAAGGCCAUCUAUGAUGUUGUCUUAAAAAUGCAACUUGUUUGUAUCGAGAUGCUCAAAGAGGGGGUCAUCUGGGACGACGUCCACCUCAAAGCACACGAAAUUGCCAUCAAUGGCCUCCUUGAGCUAGGGAUACUACAAGGCAACAAAGAAGAUAUCUUGCAAGCCCGCACUAGUGUCGCUUUCUUUCCUCACGGCUUGGGACAUUACCUCGGUAUGGACACCCAUGACACCGGUGGGCACCCCAACUACGAGGACAAGGACACGAUAUUCCGCUAUCUAAGAGUCAGAGGCGCCCUCCCAGCUGGGGCAAUAAUUACAGUUGAGCCUGGAAUAUAUUUCUGUCGAUUCAUCAUCGAGCCGUACUUGAGAGACCCCAUUCAUGCUGCGUAUAUCAACUUUGAUGUUCUCACUAAGUUCUGGGACGUGGGGGGCAUAAGAAUUGAGGACAACAUCCUGAUCACGAAGGACGGCUAUGAGAAUCUGACCACUGCCGUCAAAGACGUUGCUGACAUGGAGAGGUUGAUCAAUGGAUAA